AUGGAAAAUGAUGUACUUGAAUCUGCAUUUACAAAAACUUGUGAAGUUAAGGCAAAUGAUGAUGAUCUUCAACCAAAACAAAUUUCUGAAGAUAUGCCUAAUGUAGGAUAUAUUUAUGAAAAAUUAUAUGAUGAGACUGAGGAUUAUGAUUGGAAUAAUAAAAUUCCAGCUGCACUUAAAAAUCUAAAGUUAGAUAUUAAAAAAAAAUAUGUAAGCGAGGUUAUUGCUGACGUAGCAGAAAAAGAUAUAUAUCAUGCCGGAU